UAUUAAUACAUUCUUUGCUUGGUUCUUUCCCAGGCAAGGUGAAUGGUAUAAUGGAAGUAAGGCUUUCUGGUUACAUCCAACAAGUGUCUGUCAGUAGAUAUGAUGACAUCGUUUUAUUAACAGACAGCAACCAGUUGUACUAUAGUUAUGCGUAUUCUACCUCUUUUCUUCAGCUUGGUGCAUGCCAAUUACCAGAUAUUUCAAGUAGUGUUUAUUUUGAUGUUCUUAGUAGGCUGUAUACUAUUUCAUUACGCAAUAGGGAUGUCUUGAGAAGGUCCUAUCCAUUGUUGACUGAGGUGGAAUCAGCUUUGUACCCAUCAUUUGUAAGGUUUGAAUCCACUUUCCACCCUGAGAUUGUUCAUCUUGACAUCAAUGAAGAAGUUGAGCUGAAGGUUCAUUUAAUCCAUUCAACAUCUCAUGCAGAUGGAAUUCAGGUGAAAGUUGCUAAUUCUCAUCUAGCUUCCUUGGUCGUGCAAGAUGAAAUGGAAUUUUUUCCAGGCAUUAGAGGAAUAUUCAAGACUCUGAAGAUUGCUGUCAAUGCAGACUUUGCUAUAGCUUAUAAGCAAUCCGACAUUCAGGGAAUUAUGUUGAUAGAAGCCGAGCCCCAAAGAGCUGCCAUUGAAUCUUAUCGACCGUCAAGAAUGGUAACGCAGGUAGCAGUUGGUUGUCCUCCUGAUAGACAUAUCAGAGUUGUUAAACCACGAACCUGUGACACAAUCAGACAUUUUAUAAUACCAAGAUCAGCCAGACAGGGAGAAAUGACUGAUACAAUUGUUCAAUAUGAUUUUGGGACCUUUGGCUGUCCAAUAGAGAGCAAACAUCAUCAGCUAUUUCGACCAACACUACACCUGUAAGUCAUUUCAAAACUGAUCUCAAAUUUACAGUAUAGUAGUUUUGGUAUUCUCUUUGUUGUGAUGCAAUAUUAUUUGGUUAUAUGAUAAUCUUUGUGUUGAUUAUGCAAUAUCAGUUGGGUAUGAUGGGUCUUUGUUGUUGUUGAUGCACUGUUAAUAUUGCAAUGUGUUUUUAGAUAUGAUGGAGAAAAAUAUAUGGAAGACGUUACCGCAAACUUUGUGUUAUGGGAGUUACAUCAGCGUACAGAUUAUACAUACAAUACCACUAUGAAACAGGUAUAAUUUCUAUACAGGUAUUUAGGCCCUGUAAUAACAAAUAACAAGGAAAGUCAACCCUUAUAAUUCCAAGAUUUUGAGAAUGCCUAUUUUAGUUUUUCCCUUCCCACAAAAUUUGCUAGAAUAGGAUCCUGUUCUAGUUAUGUAAUUAGGCUAGGAAACUAUGUCAAGGGGCAACCGAUGCUGUUGGAGACAGUGCUGUUAUAAAGUGUGCAUCAUACCUACUGCUUAUCUAAUUUUUGUUUAUACGAUGCUCCUUGAUCUUGAAUAUUGUAUGCUAUGCAUAGCAGGCAUAUAGCAUGUCAUAACUAGAAUUCAGCUAUCUUUGUAGACAUUUAAUAAUUACAUAAAUUAUUAAUUUUCUACUUAUCAUUACAGGCCAGAUGUUGCAAGGCUCCUCCAAGUUGGUUUGGAUUUGAUGAACUUAUUACAAGUUUUGACACUGGAAGUCAACUGGUAGAGGACUUCUUAUAACUUGAAUUGGCCUUUUGCACACAAACCUAAAAAGAUCAAGCAAACUGUACUAAUGAAAAAUUAGUGCACGGUUGGGAUACAGUGAUGACAUCACAAUUGACUUAUAAUACUAUUAUAUAUUUACUAUUCUUUAGAAUAAGUCCCAAAGCCUAUCGGAAUGAUAAGUAUUAUAUUAUGUUUCGCUAGUUUAAAAAAACUGUCCAAUUUUUUAAAACUUUUUAUCCAAGUUGUCUUAUCCUUAAUUUUAUUCAAUUUUUUUUUUUC